UGUCUAUGUACUUAGCAGUAUUUUAUUAGCAAGACCUAUUUGUUUUUUACUGCAGCUGCCCAUAUUCUGCUGCUUUUUACAGUGCAUAUGCAAGUAGUAUUAUAGUUCUUUCCGCCAGUGGUUGGAUCUGAACUUGAUUUCCACACUCUGCCAUCCUCAAAAGUUUCUUGGUUUCAAGGUUCUUUAUUCUCUGCUCCAUUUGCUUUUGCUCUCAAUGUGCUGAAGCCCCGCAAAAAUAAUGCAGAUAUUCAUCCUGAGAUCCAGGCUAUUUUUACAAGUCAUGCGGGAUCCGUGAUCCUUCUGAGAUUUCAAUUAUAAUUCAUGAUAAACAACAGGUUUUGCUGGUAGUUUAAGUCACUCGCAAAGCAUUUAGCUUCUGUUUCAGGAGUGAAAAUGAGAUCCAUAGAGGAUAAGGGAUGCUUGAAUAAUGGCACUACACAGGAGACUUCAGGUGGUAGUUGUAUGAGUUUUGAUUUCCAAAAGAGUGGCUGGAAGAAUCGCACAUCUCAUCAUCGAACAGCCUUAGGGAAGCCGACUCCCUCCAAAUGGGACGAUGCUCAAAAAUGGCUUGUGAAUCUAUCAAGAGGAGAGAAAAAUCAGGCUAAGGCCUCACCGCGUAAUUCAAAUGCUGAUGACAGGAGAUUGAUUGCACCGGUGCCCAAGAAGGACUACUCGAGUGGUGAGGACGAGGGAGAAAACGGCUGCGAUGUGGAGACGAAGAACGUUGACUGUGAUGAGUCGAUUUGGAGAAGCAAUAAGCCCAUUGAUAGUCCUAAACCGGCUUUAAGAUCGAUAUGCUUGAGGGAUAUGGGGACGGAAAUGACACCAAAUGCAAGCCAAGGGCCUUCUAGAGCAGCUACUCCAGUAAGGGCUUCCACUCCAGCAUCAAGGAGCCCUGUGUCAUCUGGACCAUCAACUCCAGUGAGGAGCACGAAUGGGGACAUGGCUCUCGAGAAUGGUGGAAACACAACCACCCCACAUGAGAAAAAGAACGAUACAAGCAGGCCCCAUGGUGCUACUAGAAAAUCCAGCAGAGAUGGUGCAGAACCAUAUCGUGAGAGUACUAAUGAGAACAAGGCUAAUGAUCAGUGUAGGAAGCAGAAUCCCCUGGAAACCCGAGCUUUGGCUUGGGAUGAGGCCGAGCGUGCCAAAUACAUGGCAAGGUACAAACGCGAAGAGGUGAAGAUCCAGGCCUGGGAAAAUCAUCAGAUAAGGAAAGCUGAAAUGGAGAAUCGGAAAGUAGAGGCUCAGGCCGAAAGACUGAAAUCUCGAGCACAAGAGAAAUACAACAAGAAGUUAGCAGCAACUCGGAGGAUAGCAGAGGAAAAACGUGCAAACGCAGAGGCCAAAUUAAACGAAAAGGGCUUAGAGAUUUCUGAAAGAGCAGAUUAUAUGAGAAGAACUGGCCAUCUUCCCUCUUCUUUCUCCAUUAAGUUGCCUUCCUUCUGCUGGUAGUCAGCAGCAGCCUGUACUUAAAAACCUGUCAAUGCUGUACCUGUACUUUUAUGUAUAUGCUAAAUUGUCUUCAAGUAGUAUGUGGAGGAUGGAUGUUUCC